CUCGACACGCACGUGUGUACCGGCCGGCUGACCGGGCGCCGCCGCCGGCCACCAUGAGGCUCUCCGGCUCGCUCAGAUGGCUGCUGUUGCUGGCGAUGAUCUUCGCAGAGCUUCAGCAGAGCACUGUGAUGGCGAGAAGGAAGCACCGGAUCCGCCAUAACGUGCAGCGGCGGCUGAAGCGGCAGCAGAGCAGUCAAGUGUACGCCUACUCGGCCGCGCAGGACUCGGGCCCCUGGGGCAUCUGGGGCACGCAGUCGCCCUGCUCUCGCUCCUGUGGCGGCGGCGUGGCCUUCCAGGUCCGGCGCUGCCAGGACGAGAGGCCAGAUGGCUCGUCGUCUUGCACUGGACCAAACAAGCAGUAUAUCUCCUGCAACAUUGAGCCCUGUCCCGGAGGGUCCGGUGACUUGAGGGAGGAGCAGUGCACCGAGUUCGACAGGCUGCCAUUUGAAGGACGCUACUACAAGUGGAUACCGUACCUGAAGGCGCCGAACCAGUGCGAGCUCAACUGUCAGCCGCAGGGCGAGCGCUUCUACUACCGGCACAAGAGGAGGGUCAUCGACGGCACCAGCUGCGGGCCCGAGGGCCUCGACGUCUGCGUCGACGGACAGUGCAUGCAAGUGGGCUGCGACCGCAUGCUGGGCUCCACCGUGAAGGAGGACAGGUGCCGCGUGUGCGGCGGCGACGGCUCCGACUGCUACACCGCCCACGGUGUCUUCGACGCCGAGAACCUGCAGUCGGGCUACAACGACAUCCUGCUCAUUCCAAAGGGGGCCACGAACAUCAUCAUCGAGGAGAUCAAGGCAACGAACAACUAUCUAGCUAUCCGGAAUUCGACUGGUCAUUACUACCUGAACGGCAACUGGCGGAUCGACUACCCCACCACCAUGGAGUUCGCGGGCGGCAAGGUCCACUACGAGCGGAGGCCACUGGGCUUCUUCUCCCCAGAGACCGUGCGCGCCCUCGGCCCCACCAGCGAAGCCCUCUACGUGGUGCUGCUGUACCAGGAGCGUAACGCCGGCAUCCGGUACGAGUACAGCGUGCCGCGGACGGUGGCGGACGCCGGCAGCUCCGAGUACUCGUGGGUGACGUCCGCCUGGUCGCCCUGCUCCGAACAGUGCGGCGGAGGUGGGGCUCUGCUGGUCAUGUAA